AUGGUAGUCUCUGGUUCAGACCUACAAACUCAGCUAAGGAAGUUCCUAGUGGAAUUACCCGCAAGAGCAGACUUUGAAUUCACCAAAGCAACCAAACACGACUUGUAUCGCGCCCUAUACGUUGCCAUUACUAAUCAGGGACAACAUCUCACCAGUCUAUUCCCCGAUAUCUCCAUUGACGAAUUGGACCAAUUACAAUCGCAACAGUUGCAAUUCCCCCUCUCUCUUGAACCCCCAUUCAAGGUAUUCUACAACACGUUGAAACAAACGAAAUACACUCAUCUCCCCGAUAAGGCGUGUGCUAAGGUAUUUGCUGAAAAUGAAGCCGUGUAUUGUUGUCAGGACUGUGGGUUUGAUGAUACCUGUGUAUUGUGUGGGUAUUGUUUCAACCCCGAUGAUCAUGUAAAUCACAAUAUCUACAUCUACAAGUCCACAGGUGAGAAUGGGGGGAUUUGUGAUUGUGGAGAUGAGGAAGCAUUCGUGGAGAAACUCCAUUGUAAAUGUCAGAUACCGACCGAAGACGAACCGGAAACCAUACAAGAGGAUGUUUCUGAAUUGGCUCCAUACCUAAGAGAUACUAUUGCCGUUUGUCUUGAUUAUAUUUUGGACGUGUUGAAUAUGUCGGUACUUGCUUUACCUAUGGUUCAUGACAAGAUUGACCUGAGUGGGACCAUAACUACUAAAACGUAUUCCGAUAAUGCAGUAUUGCUGCCUAGUAAACGAUAUGGUGAUACCGAAGAUGUUAAUUCUGACGAAUGGCUCCUCAUCCUUUGGAAUGACGAGUAUCACAAUUUGCAAGAGGCAAUUGACUCGAUCAAUGCCGGGACAGGUGUUGGCGACAGCAAAGCCAGUGAAAUUGCAUACAAGAUUGACAAGGAGGGUUUUGCAAUUUUAAAGCGAGACCCCCAUUUUGAGAAUGUGUUUGGGGCCAAGAUAUUAGUAGAACAAGGUGGGCUUAUCGCUACUGUUGAAUCAUCAAGAGAUCAUUUCCGAGAAGAAAUUGUCAAGUACAUGUUUAAAUGGUUUGAGGAAAUUCUCAACUUUAAAGGAAAUGUCGAAUUCAGGGAAUUAUGCAAGCAUGUCUUUUGUGAGUUGUUGUUAGCCCCUUCUCAUGAGGUUUCCACUAGUGUUGAUGUUGAACCGUUUAAAUCUGGCAGCUUAAGCGAUCAUGAUUAUUUCAUCAAUGGGUUCCAAUACCAAGGGAAGUUCAAAGAUGCGGGGUUGACCCGAAUUAAUCCUGAUUUUGUAGAUGCAUUAGAACAUCCAAUUUCUGCAAUAUUAGAUGCCAAUGACGACCCAUCAACAAUUCUGCAUUCAAGGUUGCAAUAUCUUUUAGCAUAUCAGAUCAGAUUACGUAAAUCCAUUCGAAUGAAACUAGGUUCUCUCCUUGUGCCUUGUCUUGUUUCUGAACCAGACACAAAAAUGGAAUUUUCCAAACAGUUUAUUGAAAUGUAUCCCAUGUUGUUAAAUAUGAUGGCAUUGACUGAUCGUGAAGAACAUUUGAACUUGUUGGCGGAUAUCUCCUCGCAAAUAUUCACGUGUCCCAACAGUGUCCAAUACAUUUUACGCGAGGACUUGUUGCGAAACAUUAUUGGGCCUCUUGCGGCGUUAAUCGAACGCACAUCUACAGUAUACAAUGAAAAAACUGGGUAUCACAGCUUCUAUGAUAUUGGAAUAAACUCGCAAAAGAAACGAGCUAUUAAAUUGGCAAUCAAAUAUGCCAUUGGACAUUUGACACACUUUGCAUCUUCGGGUUUGGCUGCCGGUGAGAUCAAGGCAUUUAUGAACGAUGACACAUUUAGAUUGUACAUUCUUUUAUUGAGAAACUUUCAAAGUUAUUUAUUGAUGAAGAGAAAGUAUGGGGAUCAUGUUGAACGAGACUCGGAUGAUUUUAUGCUUCACUUGAAUUUCUUUUUCCCGGUGGUUCUUGAAGUCAAGCAAGUUGUUGAAUUACAAUAUAGCAAUCCUAAAUUAGUGGAAAAUGCUGAAGUUUUGAUGAAGUAUUUAUUUGCCCGUCCUAUUGAAUUUUCCCAACCAGGAGUAGUCAAGUUUCAAGUGAGUAAAGAACAAAUCAGUUUCGCCAAUCCGUUACAUUCAUUACUUUCAUUCAUGAUUGAAUAUCACGGAAUCAAUCAGUUUAUACCCACCUUGCAAUCUUAUUCCCAAAAACUUGUUGAAAUUGCUGAUAUUUCCCUUAGAAGUGUUGUCCUUGGCUCACAAAUAAAAGUUGGUUUCUGGAUUAGAAAUGGUCUUUCCGCUACACAUCAAUCCAAACUAUACUUUAGUUCCAAGACGUGUGAUGUCACUUAUUAUCGUGAUUUCCAUAUUGUUCAAAUUGCGGCGCUUUUCGGAAAUGAUCCCCAAAAGACAUUAACUAACAUAUUAGACCGGUGGGAAUUGUUGCCAUGGUUCCUUAAUCAAGUGAGUUAUUCCCAGACGAUAUAUGAAGAACGGUUUGUCACUAUCAGUGAACGAUUCAUUGUAUUUAUUUACAACUUGAUUACCGACCGUACCUUCCUCACUGUGGAGACUCCAACUGAACGAGCACGAAGAAUGUUGAGAACUGCCAUGGCUUAUAGAUUAUGUCGUGAGGGUAAAUCAUACACAUUUUUGCGGUACAAAAUUGAAUCGAAUUUGCCCACUGAAGAAAUUGACAAGGUAUUGUACAGCAUUGCUGAUUACCAACCACCGAGUUCAUUAACUGACAGUGGGUUGUAUCGAUUGAAGGAAGCCAUCUAUGAGGAAUUGGAUCCGUUGAGUGUAUACUUGGACCCCAGUAAAUUUCAAGUAAUUAGUGAGAGCAUAAUCAAGAAUGUUGCCAGAAUAAGAAAGAUUAAAGAGGAUGAUGUGAUUAUCCAACCCCGUAUCACGCGCGCCAAUUAUGAUCUCGUGGAUAACAAUAUUGGCCAAUUUGUCAAGACGCAAAUGUUUGCCAAGUUGAUUUACAAGUUUUUACAAGUUGCAAUUGAUACUUCGGAUGAAACCUAUCUUCCGCAAUUGUUACAUUUGAUUCAUGCCAUUUUACUAGAUGAUGAAUUGAUUCACGGUAAAGAGUACUUGAAUCCAUAUUUUGUUGAUAUUCCUAUCAGUGACUUGUUGCUUACUAUUGUGGAAUCAAAGAUGUCGAAAUACGUCAUUCAAAAAGCUGACUAUCUCGUGGAUUUACUCGUGGUUAAAGAUAAACGCGUACUAGAAAGUUUAGUAGACUGUUUUGGUGAAGAUUAUAUUCAGUCUUACAAGAAGCGCAAAUCAGCCUUGUUUGAAACCGAAGUUGAACGGAAAAAGAGAUUGGCUACCGAACGUGCCAAUAGAAUCAUGAGGAAGUUCUCCAGACAGCGAGAACAGUUUUUGUCCAAGAACAAAGACCUUGAUGCUGACCUUGAUAAUGAUGACAAGAGUGAAGUUGAGGGCCAUUUGCGUACUUGUGUAUUGUGUGGGGAACAAGAAUCUGUUGACAGUCCAUUUGGAAUAUUGGCUAGUUCCACGAAAGCUGCUACAUUUUGGAAAAUCCCCACAUCUAAACACGAUCAAGUUGCCAAUGCGUAUAAGAAGUGGGACAAGUCAAUAGCAUAUGAUGAGAGUGCUACUACUUAUGGUGUAGGAUAUCAUUUUAAUGCAGAAAAUGAUGUUCCAUUUGAAUUUCCUGUGGUUUCUACUUGUGGACAUGGUAUCCAUUAUGAGUGUUAUAAACGUGGCUCAACCGGUUUAACCCAUUAUCCUUGCCCAUUAUGUCAUGAUUUGCAUGAUAUGUUUAUUCCAUCGUAUAUUCCAUCGGCAACUAACAGGAUCUCAGAUCGUUUUCUUCAUGGCGAGCCUCAAUUCACUAGGUAUAAUAUGAUAACUCAUUGUAUAGAUGCCACUUCGAAAAUCAACAAUGUUGUGUCAUCCUUGAUCAAUGAGGAGUAUUUGAAUACUGAGCAACAAUUUGAUGCUCAUAGAAUGGUAUUAUCGACAGUAUUGACACGCAUCCCUGACAGGACAAAGUAUGGAACGGGGAACACCAAGAGUGAAAGUUAUUUCUACUUGUUGCUCGCAUAUUCUGAGCUUAUUGCCAAUACGAUUCGAAUGAAUGAAAUAGCUACGAGAAUUAAUGGAGAAGAAGCAUAUUCUAAUUUCCUUUCGCAGUUCUCCGGAUCAACCAAGACAUUAUUGAUUAGUUUGGUUCAAGGAAGAGCACUUGCUUAUGCUAAGAGGGAUUCUCCUGCAUUACUUGGUACAGAAGCUUUGUUCCAGUUUGAGGCUGAAAGGUUCUGGGACUCGGAUUCGAUUUUGGAUAGUGUGUUUAACGACCUUGUUGCCUUGUUUUUCCAGACUGGAGAGUCGUUGGCUACGUUGACUACAAUGGGGAUGACCAAGUUGCUUGCAGUAUCAUUGUAUUCAAUUUUAUUUAGUUGCGCUAAUAAUCCGGGCUAUGAGCAGUAUUUUGUUAGUGAAACCGAUGUCAAUAUUCCUGAUAAGCAUUUGAACUUGUUUAAGGGCUUUCUCUUUCAAGUAACGGAGAUGAUGGAGAUUGAGGUUAAACCCGUGGAUAGCCAGGUAGUUGUUGGUCUCUAUCUUGGUAUUGAACAUUUGAUGGGUGUAUUCUUGAGGCAAGUUGUUAUUCUUGCCGAUUUGUUGACUUCUCAAGUCCAAGGAGAGAAUAUGUAUGAGAGUCAACCACAAUUUGCUAAUUUACAAGCGGCAAUUGAAGAUCAAAGCCGGGUUGAUUGUACUGAUGCUUUAACAGCAAGUUUACUGGUUCCAUCGUUCAACCAACUAAUUAAUACCUUGUUGACUGGUGAUGAUAGUUCAUUCGAGAAUAAAAUCUUUGAAGUUACAUUCUUGUCUAAAAUCCCCAAGUAUUUCGAAAAGGGUAUUCUCAAUUUGAAUUCCCCAGGUAUGGUUCACUUAAUCACAUUGCCUCAUGAUUAUAAUGCUUCGUUGUUGAAUGCAUCUGAUCUGAACACUCACGAUAAAUCAAUUUGUUUGUUCUGCAGUACUUGGAUCAGUAACAGUCGACAACCAAGCCAUAUGGCCACUUGCGCCAGUCAUACCGGAAUAUUUUACACACCAUCGACAAAUACUCUUCGUUUGAAUGUGCAUAUCGGACACAGCCGAAUUCCGUUAGAUUUGGAAGGCCCUUAUUUGACAGUACACGGAGAAGUCAAGCCAAGAAGAACCAAGCUCAAGGCAACAUUGAAUGAGUUUAGAUAUUUAUGCUUGAAUAAGCUUUGGUUGAACCAAGGUUUGUAUGGUUUUGUUACACGAAAUUUAUUCGGGGCAAGGACCGUGGAUGAUUUGCUUGGCAAUGAUGGUAAUACUUCUCCUUUUGAGGAUGACUCGGAGGACAUGGACGAAGAUGACGAGACUGAGAUCAGAGGUGGUAUUUUCCCUUAG